AUUCCAAAUCAUAAUUUCGUUUCCAAAUUUCAAAGCUAGUCAAGAACUUUCCCCCGCUUUAUCCUACGCACUCUUUCUGCUUAUCCUGCGCAUAUUUCACCGGUUACGUAACCAGUCCUAUUGAAUUUCUGAGGAAAGAAUCAUGAGUUGUCUCUGCUGUUGUGAAGAUAAGGCUGAAAAUGAAGCACCAGGGAAAAGCAUCGCGAAUUGUUUCAAUUGUUGUGGAGGUAAAGAUGUUGCGGAGACUGAAAUGGCUGUGGUGAAUAAUCCAGUAAAUGAUGCUCCUGGAACCUCGAGGCAGGGUGCUCAAACUGUCAUUAUUCGGCCCAUUCAAGCUCCUCAAAUACCGGUGGGCGAACUCGAAGAUAUAACAGGUAACUUUGGUCCAAGUUCUCUGAUCGCAGAGGGACAUCAUGGAAUGAUACAUUUUGGUGUUCUUAGCACUGGGGAGUCCGCAGCAAUCAAGAAAUUAUAUCCUACUAAUCAGACUCGGGAGGAAUUUUUGGCCCAGGUUUCAAUGGUUUCAAAUGUGAAGCAUCCCAAUUUUCUUCAGCUGCUUGGUUAUUUUGUUGAUGAAAGGUCCCGAAUUCUUGCUUAUGAGUUUGCACCUAAUGGAUCUCUUCAUGACAUUUUACAUGGCAAAAAAGGUGUUAGAGGAGCACAGCCUGGUCCUGUUCUGACAUGGGAACAAAGAAUUAAAAUUGCUUUCGAGGCUGCAAAAGGGCUUGAGCACUUGCAUAAGAAGGCCGAUCCCAAUAUUAUCCACCGGAACAUUACGUCAUGCAAUAUACUAAUCUUUGAUGACUACGAGGCUAAAAUUGCAGAUAUUGAUUUGUCAAAUCAGGAUCCUAGCACGGUAGCACGUCUUAAUUCCAGCACGCUCCUUGGAGACAAAAUUGGUUAUUUUGCGCCAGAAUAUACAAUGUCUGGAAUAAUGAAUACCAGGUGCGACGUAUACAGCUUUGGUGUUGUCCUUUUGGAACUUUUGACUGGAAAGAGGGCUGUUGAUUCCACACUACCACGUGGCCAGCAGAACCUGGUUUCUUGGGCUUCACCAAACCUAGGUCAUGACAGAGUCGUACUUGUGGUAGAUGAAAGAUUAGAAAAUGAUUACCGGCCCAAUGGUGUUGCUAAGUUGGCCGCUAUUGCUGCACUAUGUGUACAAUUCGAUGCUACUAUCAGACCAAGCAUGACCAUUAUAAUGAACAGUCUCGAGCGUUUGUUGAGGAGAAGUCGUAGACCUGCUGCUCAAACACCAUAGUCACACUAAUCCCUGUCUAUAUGAUCUCUUUCUAUCAGUAUAUUAGAAAGUAACUGCGUGAGAAACUGAUGGCAAAUUGCUCAAACAUGGUUAUAUGUCUCAUUGUUCAUAUUGCAUUCAUUUUGUUUAUAAAUAUAAUAAUCCAC